AUGGCGAACAGAUUCACUGCUUUUGGAGCCUCCCCCGACCCUUCGACUCCAGAUAGGAGCGCGCGUCGCGGUGGGAAGUUUUCCUUUGGUACCGAACCCUCAACCACCCCAGCUGGCCCUCCUCCCUCAUCGUCAAAUUCCUUCACUCCGGCUGGUGCACCGUCCGCCUCUUAUCUCGGAAGCUCUAUGAUGCGCGGCCUAACGGGAUCGAAACCUGCUGCGCCGAGCUUUUCCUCUGGAGGGUCGGGUUCGACGAGUAGGAAUCUGUUUGCGCGAAAGGGAAGCUCCCCACUUACGCGUGGCGGACGCAAUGCGAAGGAGCGAGGGCCUUCGGGACUAAGCCAAUCUAUACGAGCGGAGAGUAUCGAACGUGAGACGCCCCCUAAGAAAACUGCAGGAACAUUCCGACUGGCCUUUGACGAUUUCGACGACGACGACGACGACGAUGACGAUGAUGAGGAGGGUGAUGAAGACGAACGUGAGGCCGAGCAAGACCAAAGCGAAGAGGAAGACGCCGAUGGAGAAGAGGAGGAAGAGGAGGAGGAAGAAGAAGAAGAGUACGAACAGCGCCUGCCAUUCGGACGCUCAGGCCAUGCAGCUCUCGAUGCCGAAGUCGAACGAUACAUUAAUCGUGACAUCGACGCCGAAGAAGAAAGCGAGGAAGAAGAGGAAGAGGCCGUCGGUGAAGCCGAUGGUGAGGAUUACGACCCCUUUCUUACUAUGCACGAUGAACCGCGCGAUUCCAUCGAAGGAUCGGAUAUGGAUGAAGACCUGAUGGUCCUCACUACCCCAGCCGCCGACGAACGGGCGAGACGAGAGGCUGAGAACAUUUUCCGAGCAUCCUCGAUAAGGAAGGCUGCACCCGGGCCUAGAGUGGAUUUCCAAUUUGAUGCCAUCUCUCGCGAGCAUUACAAGGCUGCUGGCCCUGCUAUCAUAAACGAGACUCCAGACCUUAUACUAGAUACGGAGGACCUGGUGAGCCACCUGUAUGACGAGGGUAUAGGUGCCAAGGAUGAUGCCGAGAAGCUUGAUAGUUCUUUGGCUAUUGCUGCCAUCGGUCUCACCCAGAUUUGGAAUGACUACGCACAGGAACUUCCCGAUCCCGAAGAGGAGCAUGCCACCGAGAUUGGGCCCCCUCCCACGGCCGAGCCUUUUAAAAAGGCCGCCUUCAUCGCCAAUCUGGUUAUUCGAAUGCAUCACACACGAUCAGAAUCCCACUUCGAUGAAGGGAAAAGGGUUCCCCUUCCACAAGUUCUAUUCGAGUGGAUGGCUAAGAACCACAACGUGUAUCCUGACCAGUUCCGCGAAGUAGUUGAACAGAGGCCAAACCCUGUCUGCCACAGCCUUUACUGGCCCACAGUUCGGACGACUCUUCUAAGGGGAGAAGUCGGGGAGACGGCGCGGCUGCUGAAGAGUGCCGAUUUUAAGCACGUUAGGAAAAACCGCGGCCCUGCCUCUUACUCGGGUAAGGCUCUGCAGAACAUCGAAUACGCCGUCAAGCAGACGUGUGAUAUGCUCGAAAACUGCCCGGGCGCGAACGGCGACUGGGACAUCUUCGGGAGCGAUUGGACUCUUUUCCGCGUAAAGGCGAAGGCGUCUCUUGACCAGCUGCAACGAUUUGCGGAGGGUAAGGAUCAUCAGCAAUUUGGAUCGAGCGAUGCCAGUUUUGGUUACGGAAAUUCCGUGGUCGAUCUCGCGCGGAAGGCGGAGAGCCAGAUCCCCUGGGAAGUCUACGAGCAGCUGACUUCCAUCUAUGAUAUUGUUAUUGGUGACCAGAAUGCGAUCCUGGAGACGGCCCAGGACUGGUGCGAAGCGACGGUUGGUCUCUGUGGAUGGUGGGAUGAGGAGAAGGACCGCCCAAAGAAGCGGCGUCUAGGUCAAUCGCUUAAUCUGCUUGGCCCGACGCAUCUCGUGCCACUCGAGGACUACUUUGAGCGUAUGGCGCGGGCGGUCCACGCGGCGGUAGAGUCCGAUUUCUACUUUGACCCUCGGAACAGCGUAGCGGUUGCAGUGGCAUCUGCGUUCGAAUGCAACUUUUCUGCCGUCAUUGGCAUCCUCCGCGCGUGGUCUCUUCCGGUUGCCUCCGCGACGGCUGAGGUGGCAUCCCUUGGCCAGUGGCUACCAAAGCCUCAGGCUAAGGCGCUAUUGCCGAUGGACACUCUCGACGACGAUGACCUCGCAGUUCUCGGCGUGCCUCAGCAGGGCCCUGAUGAAGUCGAAGGCAUCAAGGAUACAACUUUGGUACAGUAUGCGCGAGAGCUUGCUGGCGUCGACCAGAUUUCUGCGGACCGGGAGGGCUGGGAGGUGGCCAUUCAAGUCCUGGGCCGAAUGGACUCUGUUGAGAAGUCGGAGGAGACAGUUGGCGAACUGCUACAUGAUUUGCUGGAGACACUCCAGCCUGACUCUAGCAUCACCGUCGAUAAGAUGUGGAGGAUACUUGGCGACCUUGGCAUGGUCAGCUUUGCCGAGGAAACCGCGGAGGCGUUUGCCGAUAUCCUCGGCAAGGACUCUCACCGGUAUGGAGAGGCCAUCUGGUACUACUCCCUCGCGCAUAAGCCCGCCAAGGUGCGCGAGGUCCUGAACCUUCUCAUUUCCUAUUCUCUGUUGCAGUCUACCGCGUAUCCUACCCCCAGCGACCUCGACGACCACCUUCACCGGCUCCUCACCGAUAGGGGCUCUGCUCUAGAGGACCUUGCCAGCAAAGAUAUCGAGGCGGCCGAGCUUGUGGGUAGGAUGCUCAGCGGGUACGCCACGUUACGCAAGUUCUACGAAAUCAGGGACACGGAAGCCACGACGACGACCACGGCUACCUCAACCUCCGCCAUCAACACUGGUCUGCGAGGCGUCGCCAACAAGAAGCGAGCUGCGACGGCGCUCGUCGCAGUCAUUGCUAGCUCCGACGACAAUAUCCGCGGUGGCGUCUACGAUGAGACGCGUGACGCGGUAGUCAGCGAAGAUUUCCUCCUAGCUCUGCUCGGCGAAGCCAUGGUCCUCGUCGGCCACGAGCCUCCCGUGCUCACACUCGAGCAAAUGGACAUCCUCCUCAAGGCCAUCGAAGAUCUCGAGACGGUGGGCACGCGCGUCUACGACGCCUGCGACGAGUUCUUCAAGCUCGUGCUCGCGUCGGCGCAGGGCCUCAAGGGCUCGACGCCAGCGGACCUCAUGAAGUCCAUCUCCAGCAGCGGCGGCCUCGGCGGAAGCUACGUGCUCAGCGGGAGCAGCAUGCUCGCGAGCCAGUUGCACCGUAGCAUCAGCGGUAGCAGCAGCUCGGGCGGUCUCGCUCGCGUGCCCAAGAGGGGAUGGGAUUGGCGGGCUGGGUUGAGGGCGAAUUCGACUGCGGAGGAGGUGUUGAGGAUCCUGAGGUUGGGGUUGUCGAAGGAAUUGGCGAGGUUGUGGUUGCAGGAUGCGGAUAAUGUUGCGCUGUUUUGA